GUGUAGUCUACUGCGGAGAUUUUUGUAAAAAGGAAGAAGUUCUUCCAGAACGACUCCAAACCCCCGUACUAGUACCCCGUUUUAAGUGGAAUUCUUUGCUAUUUUUGCUGAAACAAUCACAGUCGGUAUCUCAACAUACUGAUUUUAUCAUUUUUACGUCUCACGAGCACGACCUCUGCGAGUUCACCUUCUUGUUCGGUAAAACGGCUCUCUUCAAUAUCCCGGGCAGGAUCAAAACCGAGACCGCAGAGCUACCACUAAACCCUUUCUUAUAAUUACGCAUCGGUUUUCAUUUUCUGCAUCUUGUAGUUCUUACGUCAAGCGUGGUUUUUACGCAAAUAAACAUCAGAAAAAACGGUUGCAGCAGGUCAAAAAGUAAUCUCAUAAUUUGUAACGAAGAAGAACAAACUCACCAUGAGAUCUCGUUUGAAGCAGUUGGCACUGUCGUGUGCCUUGUUUGCUACCAAUGAUUUGAAACUGAUCUUUGCCCAGGAGGAGGAGUUAUCAAAUGUAAAAAUGUCUGGGUCUGGAAGAUUUCGAGACUUGUCAUGCAGGUUUUGCAUGAGUCUUGAUGUCUGUGAUGCGUGCCCUAGCAUCACAGAUUUUUUGAGGGCUUCUUAAUGCCUAUUCAACAUUACAAAUGCCAUCUCCGCGUAGCAAAAAUCACAUUCCCUUUGCUGCUCAUGCAAUACAGAUUUUUUUGCGAUCCAAAUGCAGCAUCACAAGUUCCAAUCUUCCAGACCCAGACAUUUUUACAUUUGAUAGGAGUCUUCGGGAGACUCCGAGGGUCCGCCCCCGCCCCCGCCGGCGGAGGAAGAACCGCCGCCGCCCGAUAUCCUAUGUAAAAACGUCCCCAGCACCCCAUAGUCAUCAAGAUGGGAAAUCUGCUAGACAAAUCAACAAGUUUUGGUUUUUGUGCAUGACAAGUCUGGCCUCGUAGUGUCGUUCUGUAUGGAUUAGUUUCUCAGCAUUACAGAUGUAACCUAUCAUGCUGAUCCUAGCAUGACAAACUCCGAAAGAACACGACUAGAAAACUAUGCUUCUCAUGGGGCUCCGCAUGAGAAAUGUGUUCAGCAAAUGCAGACUUGCAUGACAAGCACUAUGGUCUUGUGGGGACGUUCUUACAUAGGAUACCCGAGGAGCCCCCGGUGGUGGAGGAACCCGAACCCGUCGUGGAGGCGGCGCCCCCACCGCCCCCACCCCCGCCGCCACCACCACCACCCGCGGCGGAGCCGGAGCCGGUGAUGCAAGAGGAGGUGCAUAUCCAACGGAAAAAGACGGGCAGGACAGAUUUGUGAUGCGAAAAUAAAUAUAGAGAAAAAUCUGUCAUGCGCGACCCUAUAGAACACACAAGAUAGAGAGAUUUGUUUGCGUAGGUAUUUUUGCAUUACAAAUGAUCUGCGCUGCUUGUCUUUUUCUGUGGCAUAGUGCAGAUCAUGGACAAGCUGGCACACGCAACGCAGGAACAGGAGAAGACAAGAGUAUAUUAAAGUGUUUUCGCAUGUAGAUUUUGCAUCACAGGAUGAGUUAGCCAUUCCGGCUGCGCAUGACAAGUUUCAUCUAUGUCCUUGCGCGUUCAUCUGGUCUACUUAUCGAAAAAUAUGUAAUUGAAAUUCCGCAUGAUGACAAAAAUAUAAAUUAGUUGCGCCGCUUGCUACGGGAAAAGGUGGAGGAAAAUCAGAAGAUGAAGAACGCGGGGCACCACUUAUGAAAAGAGAAAAAGCCAUAGAAGGACUGUGUUUAGUGCAUCAAACAGCAUGAAUACAUCAACAUGGUGCAAAAAAUUUUUUGCAAUGCGGAAUGCGCAUCACCAAACCUCGUCCGCGGGGUCGCUAUAGCUAUAGUUUUCUGUCAUGCUGUUUGUGCAUUAGACAAGCACAAGUUUCUCGAUCUUCCUCUCCAUACCCCUGGAUGGUCGGCAGUUGGCUGUACGGCGAUUUGGCGCACGGAAUUAUCCACGAGGAUCACCUGACUGCCCAUGGCUGCGCGGACCACUGGUAAUUUACUUGUUUACAACUUACACUACGGGCGGAGUUUCAGUUUGUCAUGCAUGAUGCGUUUUCAUGAAGGCGUUUGUGAUGCAUGAUCAACAUGCGAUGGAUAUAAAAUCUCACAACAGCGAAGCGAACAACGAGUGCUACCAUUGGGUGUACUACCUGGACUCGGGCCGGUGCGACCUGAAAGUGCUAUGGUGUUGGAAAAUUUGCUAGCAUGAGGAACGAAGAUUUUUCAUCCAGUUUGUCAUGCGAUAUUGCAUGCUGUUGCUGUUGUUCAAGAAUCUGUCAUGGGCGAAUGCACGACGUGCAUAGUACUAUGUUGCCAAUAAUUCACUCUUUUACCGUCGUCCUAUCCUUGGCAUUUGAUGCCUUGACAGAUUUUUUCCUCCUACAAAAGGAACUGCGUGAGAAAUAUGUUCGAUCGAAACACAAUGCUAGCAGAAUUUUUCUAAUCGAUAACUGAACGGUGGCGGUCACAAUGCCGAUGUGGAUCACAUGAUCGUGGGUAUAGAAGUUGUGUUGCAAUAAUUCAAGGUGAAGUUGUUGUCCUGUGCAUGACAAAAUCAACUCCCCUUGCAACCCUCCGCAUGACAAACACAAACUUCCAACAAAACAGGUCACGCCAAGCGGUUUUUGAACCUGAAGGCGAAGGGGUCGGGCACGGCGGAAUUGUGAGGAAAGUGCUAUUUGCAGCGCAUAGCAGCACAUCAUCAACUGCAGUUUUUGAAAUCAAAGCGACGGGAGCGGCGGGGAGAUGAAACCUUCUUCUCAGCUUUCGUCACAGGAGCUUUGACGAGAGUAAAAUGAACCUGUUUUUUUCGUACAGCCUUACAGUGAGGAACUACAUCAUCUUCUCGUACAACAACAGCAACCAGGAGAAAAAAAACCGACACGACCACUUCCUUUCAAUCAGAAGUAAAAUCUUCAACAGUUUAUUGCGACUAGUACUCGGAGUUCUUUUUGUACUAGCGUGAGCAGAAUGCUGUACUUGUUUUCGCCGAAGUAACAGUAUGACAAGCAACAAUCGGCGAUGAGGGUUUGUUGACACAAGCGGAGUAGUUUGGAACAGAGCUUGGUUGUGGAAAAUGAAGCUGUCGGAGAAUAUGAUGAAUGACGCACGUCAUCAUCAAGCCACAACCACUCGCUUCAUCUCAUCCUCAAGAAAAAAUCGCUGCGAUGUUGGAAGCGCGACCUGUCUUUAAUCCGGAAUAGAACAAUUGUCAAAUCAAUGGAAGACUGAAUGCUGCAGCUUUCCUGCAGCAGAUGCAGAGGGGAAAUUAUCUUCGGAGGAGGGAUUCGGAGGAGGUGAUUUCUGUCUCGGAUGGAGGAUAGGAGUUGCGCAUCUAAUAUCACCCUUGGACACUUUCACUUUAGCUUGUUCCUGAAACUUGUUCAAAAUACAACGCGGAAGAUUCAUAGUAUUUUGUGGAGCAGUUUCAGCCCCUUGCAUGUUUUUCUUUUGAAGUAUGUACGUUUGCGCAUUGUUUGAUAGAUACCCCAGCAGCUGCACAUGAAAUAUAAUACCAACCUUCUCAAUAAGUUCUUCGAGCCUCUAUUCUUGCAACCAACCCGUACCACGACGGAAAGUAACUCGUAUUUUCAACACGUGUGUCAAUACUACAAGUAAUGAGGGAAUAAAACAAUUUUAAAAACCUUGAAUAACAGUCGAAUCAUGUUGAUCUAAUUACACUCAGUCGAGAAGUGGCACCCCGAGGAGAUUUGCAAUUUCUCGUGCCAUAGCUGUGCUAUGCCUGUUUUGAUAGCCGACCUUCAGCGCAGUUUCGACUGACUGUGUGAACGGUAGGGAAGCGGAAAUCAUCAUCAUUCCACCAGUUGAUAGUCGUGCGAGUUCUUUUAUGUUCAAGGGUAGCGGCUGCGGCGCCUUACGUGCAGGAAGUACUACAGAGUUGUCGUGUUUGACUCUGACUCUGACUCAAAUUUGCGAUUAUGUUCGGUGAAGUUUUGAAAAACCACUAUAGUGCCUAGCUGCCGACUUCGGUUCUGUCACGAGCUUUCAGGUUCUGUUCGGUUGUGGUCUAGAUUUUUAUUCUUUCCAGCUGAGUUUUACUUUUAUUGGGAUUGACAUUGUGAUUAGUGGCCGAGGCUUACUGCGCGAAAGCGAGCGACUGGAGAGGGAUUUCACUGAGCGGCGCAGAUUUUCCACUAUCCAUGGACGAUAUUUAUUGCCGCGGUGCGAUUACUGUGAAAGAAUGCGAGAUGAAGGAUGGGCAUGGAGCGAAAGAAGCUUGAAUUCUAGAAGACGCACUUGCUUCACUCUGUUCGCAUUAGGAAAAGCAGAACUCACGUUUGGGUGACAUUUCAAGCAAAAUGAAACCGUUUUUUUUCUGUUCAGUAAACAGAACUCGACGUCGCACUAUUUUCAUUUUGCGAUUUGAUGCGCAGCAAGUAUGUAGCUGUGGUUACACAUUCGUGGCUUCCGAAAUGAUAAAAAAA